AUGAAGAUGCUAACUAAGUUUGAGUCAAAGUCUACUAGGGCUAAAGGGAUUGCAUUCCAUCCCUCCAGACCAUGGGUUCUAGUGGCUUUGUUCUCUUCUACUAUUCAAUUAUGGGAUUAUAGAAUGGGUACUUUACUACAUAGAUUUGAAGGUCAUGAAGGCCCUGUCAGAGGCGUUGAUUUCCAUCCUACUCAACCUAUCUUUGCCUCUACUGGUGAUGAUACUACUAUUAAGAUUUGGUCUUUAGAUACCAACAAAUGUAUCCAUACUUUCACAGGUCAUUUGGAUUACGUUCGUACCGUUUUCUUCCAUAAUGAAUUACCAUGGUUGAUUACUGCUUCCGAUGAUCAAACUAUCAGAAUCUGGAACUGGCAAAACCGUAAAGAAAUCGCCUGUUUGACUGGUCACAACCAUUUUGUCAUGUGUGCUCAAUUCCAUCCAACAGAAGAUUUGAUUGUCUCUGCCUCCCUUGACGAAACUGUUAGAGUUUGGGAUAUUUCUGGUCUAAGAAAGAAACAUUCUGCUCCAGGGGCUAUGUCUGUCGAAGAUCAAAUGAUUGCUCAGCAAAAUCUAUUAGAUGGCGGCUUUGGAGAUUACUUAGUUAAAUUUAUUUUAGAAGGACAUACAAGAGGUGUUAAUUGGGCUUCUUUCCAUCCUACUUUACCAUUGAUUGUUUCUGGUGGUGAUGAUCGUCAAGUUAAAUUAUGGAGAAUGAGUGCUACUAAAGCAUGGGAAGUAGAUACCUGUAGAGGUCACACUAACAACGUUGACUGUGUUACUUUCCAUCCACAUCAAAAUUUGAUCUUAUCUGCCGGUGAAGAUAAAACUUUAAGAAUUUGGGAUCUAGAUAAGAGAGUUCCAGUUAAACAAUUCAAGAGAGAAAAUGAUAGAUUCUGGUUAAUUGCCUCUCAUCCAAACAUCAAUUUAUUUGGUGCUGCCCAUGAUUCAGGUGUUAUGAUUUUCAAGUUGGAUCGUGAAAGACCAUGUAGUACCAUCUACCAAAACCAAUUAUUCUUUGUUAACAAGCAAAAGUUGGUUCAAUCCUUCGAUUUCCAAAAAGGUGUUUCUUCUUUACCAUACGUCUCGUUAAAGAGUAUCGGUCAAAUUUGGAGUGCUUUCAGAAACAUAUCAUACAAUCCAUCCCAACAUUCUUUAUUGGUCAAUGAAGCAAAUGACAAGUUUGCUUUAGUCUUAUUACCAAAGGAACCAACUGGUCAAGUUGAUCCAACAGGUGUCAUCGAGGACUCCGGUAAUUUUGCUACUUUUGUUGCUCGUAAUAGAUUUGUUGUAUACAACAAAUAUUCUGAAUCUAUUGAAAUCCGUAAUUUAGAAAACAAGACUACCAAAUCUAUUAAAAUUGAUGACCCAAUUAAGGAUAUUGUUUAUGGUGGACCUGGUAAUGUCUUAUUAUUACAUCCAAGGGAAGUUGUGUUGUAUGAUGUUCAACAAGGUAAGAAAUUAGCUAGCAUCACUGCUAAAAACGUCAAGUAUGUCUCAUGGUCUAAUGAUGGACAAUAUGUUGCUUUAAUGAGUAAGCAUACUAUUACUCUAGCAACAAAGAAAUUAGAAUUGAUUAACUCCAUGCAUGAAACUAUCCGUAUUAAGAGUGCUGCUUGGGACGAAACUGGUGUAUUGAUUUACUCCACAUUAAACCAUAUUAGAUAUUCUUUACUGAAUGGUGACAGAGGUAUUAUUAAGACUCUCGAGAACACCCUUUAUAUCACCAGAGUUAAGGAUAAAUACGUUUAUACUUUGAACCGUGACGGUGAAGUUGAAAUCUUAUCAAUUGAUCCAACUGAGUACCGUUUUAAGAAAGCUCUUGUAAACAAGAACUUCCCAGAAGUUCUCAGAAUCAUCAAGAACUCUAAUUUAGUUGGUCAAAAUAUUAUUUCCUACUUACAAAAAUCUGGUUACCCAGAGAUUGCUUUACAAUUUGUUCAAGAUCCGCAAGUUCGUUUUGAUUUAGCUUUAGAAUCUGGUAACCUAACUGUUGCCCUCGAAGAGGCCAAAAAAUUAAAUGAGGCCUCUGUUUGGGAAAGAUUAAAUAAAGAAGCCCUCUUGCAAGGUAAUACCACCAUGUCCGAGAUGAUUUACCAAACUCAAAAUGCCUUCGAUAGAUUGUCUUUCCUAUACUUGUUGACAGGUGACAAUGGAAAAUUAUCAAAGAUGGAAGCUAUCGCUGAGAAUCGUGGUGACAUGAAGGGCAUGAUAUUAAACUCUAUUUAUAAUAAUUCUCCAUCUACUAGAGCAAACACAUUCUCUGAAGGUGGUUCUCUUUCACUUGCAUAUGCGAUUGCUAAGGCCAAUGGUGACGAAACAAUGGCUAAUGAAUACCUAGCUCAAGCCGAAAUUAAUGAAAAUGAAGUCGUUCUACCAGAUAUUACUUCCCGUACAAGCCAUGUUUUAGCUCCAACAUCUACAGAGCCAUUUACCAAAUGGCCAUUAAAGGACGCCGAAUUAUCAUACUUUGAAAAGGCGAUCUCUGGUCAAAUUGAUGAUUUGGAUAUUAACGAAGAACCUGCUGAAACGGAAACUACUACUGGCAUUGAUGCAGCUGCUAACGAAGGCGUAUUUAUUGACGAGGAAUCUGAGAAUGAGGAGGCCGGUGCAUGGGAUAUGGGUGAUGAAGACCUAGACAUUGGUGAAGAUACAGAGCAAGUCGAAGAUGGAGAAGUAGUUGUUUCAACCACAGAAAGUAGUAGCGAAACUGCUACAUGGGUUAAAAAUUCCAAAUUACCUUCAGUUCUUGUUGCAGCUGGUGCCUUUGGUGCUGCCGGUGAGGCUUUGAACAAGCAAGUCGGUGUUGUUGAAUUUGAACCAUUGAGAAAAUAUUUUACCCAAAGGUAUGCUAGCUGUAGGACAUACUUAGCUUCUACACCUGUUGAACUACCUGCCAUCGAAGGUUUUAUUCGUUCGAGUGCUGAAGGUGGCGAAAAUAUCUUACCAUUCUCCAGUGAUAUCUCAACAGUAGUAGAAAAAUUACAAGAUGGUUUCAAAUUGUUCAAGGCUAAUAAACUCGAAGAAGCUAUCGAAGUAUUCCGUGAGAUUAUCUAUCUAAUAAUGCUUCUAGCUGUUGACAAUGAAGAGGACGAGCAUACUGCUCAAGAAACAUUAAGAGUUGCAAAGGAAUACAUAUUAGGUUUAUCCAUCGAACUAGAACGUCGUUCGCUAGAUCCAAGUAAUAUCAAACGUAACCUAGAACUGGCCGCUUACUUCACAAAAGCAGAUCUUCUACCUCUACAUAGAAGUAACGCUUUGCAAGUUGCUAUGUCCCAAAAUUUCAAACACAAAAAUUUCGUCCAAGCAUCUUAUUUUGCAAGUGAAUUCUUAGAAAUUGUUCCUACGGGAUCCAGAGCAGAACAAGCCCGUAAGAUAAAAUCAAGAGCAGACGCAAAAGCAAGUGAUGAUGUUACAAUUGAUUUUGAUCCAUAUGCUGAAUUUCAAGUUUGUGCGGCUACUCAUACCCCAAUUUACAAAGAUACACCUUCUACACAAGAUCCAUUAACUGGUGCUGUUUACCAUGCUUCUGAAAAGGGUAAGAUUGACAGUAUUACGUUAGUAACGAAAAUUGGUGCUCCAGCUUCUGGUUUGAGAAUUCGUUUGUGA